CCCGGAAGACUCCCUUAAGCAGAACCAUGCCGAUCCGUCAGUUCCAAGUCGUUGGCCGCAAGGCCCCCACUGAGAAGGAGCCGAACCCGCCGGCUUACCGCAUGAAGCUGUUCGCCCCCAACCCGGUGCUGGCUCAGUCGCGCUUCUGGUACUUCCUGCAUCAGAUGAAGAAGAUGAAGAAGACCACGGGCGAGAUCCUGGACAUCAACGAGCUGACGGAGAAGAACCGCCGCGUCGUCAACAACUACGGCAUCUGGAUCCGCUACAACUCGCGCAGCGGCACCCACAACAUGUACAAGGAGUACCGUGACUUGACUCUCUGCAGCGCUGUGGAGCAGAUGUACGCUGAGCUGGCUGGCCGUCACCGUGCUCGCCCGCGCUCAAUCCAGAUCAUGCGCACUGCCAUUGUGGCCGCCAAGGACACGCAGAAGACGAACGUGCAGCAGUUCCACGACUCGAAGAUCGCCUUCCCGCUGUCGCACCGCCUGCCGCGUGCCGCCGAGAAGCACCACAACUCGGUCUUCAAGGCCUCGCGCCCCUGCACCUUCCGUGGUUAAGCAGCUUGAGCUCUUGCCACAGCUUCAGGGCUUGGUAAUUUACUGUUGCGGCUUUUGCCAAAGUAGCGAAUUUACAACUCGAAGGUUAAUUGCAGUCGAAAGAUGGGAGUUUUUCGAAUUUGAAAAUUCUUUUGCAACUUUUUAUUUUCAUUUGAUUUUUUUUGGCAACAAUUUGUUGCGAAGAGUUGCCAACUGGUGCAACUGUUGCAGGCGAAAUUUUAGAAUCGAUUGCGUUCUAAAAUCUGUUGUCGACAUGUCAGCAGUUGUGGACUCUAAGCGGGUCAAGCGAUCUUCCACAAGCUUCAACGCUGCCGCAGUAGCUUGCGAUGGCGCAGUUGCUGCAUUUCCAGCAAGUCGCAACGCUUUCUCGGGAUCUGAUACGAACAGGGCAAUUUUCGAGAACCUCAUGAUACUUUCGCUAUCCGAGGGAAACACGCACAAAUCGGGAGUCCAGGAGAAAAUCUCGAGACUUCGAAGCAGGACGGAAAAUCUACGGUGACGUGCUGCAACUGGCAUCUCGAGAUGGAAAUGAGCACAGUCGUGGCUGUUGGAGUCCAAGACGAAGCCGUGGUAGAGUAAGUAAAUGUAGUUUGUCUGAGCGUAGUUCUCGACAACUUCUUGACCAGCUUGGAACUCCCAGGACGAUUUCGUGACCGCGUGACGACCAGAUGAGUCGAGAAUCG